ACAGCAGGGAGGCAGCGCCGUCUGUGGCCGUGGCGCGCACUCGCCGUCGCUCAUUGAUGCGCUCGCGCCCACUCGGAGCGCCAGGACGCACGGCCGCUGUAGCCGCCGCCGCCCGCUCGCCGCCGCUUCGUUGUUUACCCCCGGCAGGGUCGUCGUCGCCGAGAGCGCACGUGCUCCUGCUCCGGUCUGCCGGCACCGUUACUCGCGGCGGCGCCCCACGCCGGCGCGUGCCGACUUGACCUCCAUCACGACUGGAUGCCUCGCCACUGCCGUCUGGUGCUGCACUGAGCCGGGUGCCGACGCCUCACCUGGAGCGUGCCGUGACAGCGGACAAAAAGGAGCAGGAGGAGCAGCGCGCGGUCCGAGAAAAACGCUCAAGCCAUGCCGUGGCUGGCGCUGCUAGUGUGCCUUCUGCUGCGUGGAGAGGCUGCCGUGGCGGUGGACCUGCGGCGGCCGUCGUCGCCGUCCAGGCCGGAGUCGCAGAGGCCCUUCCACUUCGCUAAGCACAGGCCCGAGCUUUUCUACGACAACAACGUGGUACCGGAGAACGGCGAGGUCAACGUGUUCGUCUUCAAGGAUCAAAUAAGAAGGGUGUUCUUCCUGGUGGAGAAGGAGCGCAAUUCGCUGCUGCUGACAGCGAGUCCCUGCUCGGCGCCUAUCGAGUGGCACAUCUUCAGGAAGCCCCUGGCGCCGUCCGACUACUCCGAGGAAUCCAACGAGUCACGGGACCCAUCGGCGCUGCUGUACCGGGACGACGGAGUGUCGACAGAGCCAGUUGUCGGCGGUUCGUUCUAUGGCCGGGGCCGGCUCAGCUUCUCGAGACGUGAUGCACCCAGAGGAGUGUACAUGCUGGAGUUCGACUCAGACUCCGCCGACACCAGAGUGCGUGUGUACGGUACCUCGGACGCCGACGCCCACUACCCGUUCCCGCUGCUGCCAAUUAAGCCUAAAGUGGAAGUGCUUCAGGUACGCAACGGCCGUGUGCUGUUCACGUGGAAGCCAAGCCCGUCUGAGAGCUCAGCACACCAGGACGUGCAGUACUGUGUGGCCGCCAACCGCAAGGAGAACUUUCACACCAAGUGCGCCGUGGACAGCGCCUUGCGAGGCGACAUACCCAGCCCGCCGCACCCGGACUCGGGCUUCGGCUUUUGGUGGGAAAAGGCGGCCCGCCGCAAACUAGCACUCAGGUCGCGCGAGAUGCAGCGCGCCGUCCGACCACAGCGCGACGUCGUCUUUGAGUGUGUCGGCCGCAGGACUUGGCACAGCUUUGCCGACCUCGAAGUUGACCAGAGAUACUACAUCGACGUGUUCGCGAUCAACGCAAAAACUAACUCAAGUACGGCUUACCCUGGCACGAGCGUUGUCGCCAGAAGCGUGGGGAACCAGCGAAUCCAGGACAACCAGCUUAUCCGCAUUGUACUCGACCAGAAGGACAACUUUGUCCACGUGGCCAAAUACUCGGUGAAUGCCAACGUGCCAACUAUGUGGAUGUUCGUGCAGUCUUGCUCGGGCCCUGGCCCGAUACAGCUCUCGGUCACUUUGCGCAAAGCCAAGGUGCUUACGGCAGAAGUAAUGGACACCAGGACGCUCACCCUGAACCAUCCAUCGAACGGAACGUACGUUAUUAAGAUAUCGUCGACCGUCCCCCAGUUGCGCAGAGUUCACCUUCUCGUUAGCAAGAAGUACCACAAAUUCCCGUUCCCCACACUGCCCGAUGACAGCGGCGUCAAAGUAAUGGGCUCGUUGACCACCUGCAACUCGGUCACUCUGGCAUGGAAGGCCGCCCUGGAUGAGAAAGUCCGCUACUGCAUCUUCAAGCAAGAGGUUCGUGGAAGCUAUUCGGGCGUGUUCGCAAGACCGCAGGACUUCUGCGAUGAGACCAAGUUGGCGGAGAAGAGCGGCAAGGUUAGCUGUCGCCGCUACCACCGCUUCAGCAAGCACCGCUUCCAGAACGUCAUUAUGCAGAAGAUUAGAAAGCUACAGCCGGACACGACAUACGUUUUCGAAGUUUUGGUCACAAAGGCCAGAGGGCGAACGCUAGCCUACGAGAAAGUUUGGGCCACGACGCACAGAAGCUGUAGUCUGUCCUAUAGGAAGGGAAAGCGAUGAAUAACGCUGCGUUCCUCGUCACAAAAAAAUGCCUGCGCCGCCGGCAAGGUUGUGUUGAACACUGUGCACAAAGGCAGACUAUGAUGAUCCGCCUCUGGACUGAAGCAGUGUCCAUUAUCACAGUGAUGAAGUAAAGCGGCCGAAUUAGAGGACGCGUGGAAGACCAAACUCGAAGUUGCAACACCGAUGCUUGUCUUGAUACACCAUAUGUUGUAGUACCGCACUUCUGCCAGUGCGACCUGGAAAUAAUAGGCAAUACAUGGCGUGUGUGUAAGCCCUGCAACUAGAAAGGACAAAAAGCGGCCAAAAACGAAGCAGAAAUGAAGGCCUUUUCUCGUUUACCGUAACAGCAUGGCUGACCAUAUUUAUAGAAUCCACCAUCUUGUUCCAGCGCGCGGCGAUCCACAUAAGCGUGUCGAACGAUGCCCUUGGGAGGGCUUUGCCGGCGCUCGAUGUUGUGGCAGCGCGCCGAGCUAGCCAUCGCGUUUAAGAAUGCGGUAUUUACUGUUGUUGAGAGUAUGGCUGUUUCGAUAGCUUCAGGCCAGUUUAACUCAUUCUUAGAGCACACUGAAUAAAAUAUACAAAGGCCAGGGCGCACACGGGUUAUGUGAUUGCUAAAUUGUUCCAUUUUCGUUAUUUCUUACAAUAACUGACGUUCUUGCAAAUAAUUUUAUUCAUUAUAAGCAUCCUCACAGCCAUUGCGCGUCGAACAUGUGUCCUCGGUUAAAAUGAUAUCCCUGGUUUUAUUAUAGUUUGAUCAUAUAACGUGAGAAAGAAAAAUAAAGUGGGUAUGUGCCGGGUAGAUAUUUUGAACGUGAAGUCCAGCUCUCAGCUUCGAGCAUUUCAUUUUCCUUUUCGAGGUCUUGUGUGGCAACUCGGCAUCCGGCCGAACUUUCAGUAAAUCUGAGUGCUCAGGUGACAAGUCUUUCUGAAGGACGUGCCUUUAAUCGUUGCAUUUGUGCGUUAACUUGCAAACUUAAAUAUGCUUAGGUGUGUCCGCUUGUUUUUGUGAAAAUGACCGUUCGUCCGCCUCUACACACGAAGGAAUAGGACCUUCUAAAGCCAAAUCGACACCGACUUGGAGCGCGUUUUGAGCUGAGAAGCGCAAAAAACUUGCAUUUAUACUCCGUAAACUGUUCAUAUCUCUUUCAUCUCUUCUCAUUACAGUACAUAGCAUAUGUCAGCCUGAGUUGUUCCGUUCGUAUUACAGCUGCGGACUCAUGGUGUAGCGCUCCAACGCCUCAAGCGCGGCGUUCACAUAUGCAUACAUAAAUGUCCACUCUCAUAUUCGAAAAUCGUCGAGCGACAGCGGGCCCGGAACGCUUUUCACUCAGUGUUCGCAUUCACUGCAUCGCGAACUUGGCGUUGUACUUUGCGUUGAAACACCUAGCUUGUCUUUUUUUUUUUAUUUGCGUUGUUCCUUGCCACGUGCCUCGACCAAGAACCAUGGUCGUCUAAAGACCAAAUGGCGAACAGUGACACAUCUCCGAGUCAUUUGCUUCACCUGUGUUGUCUUCAUCAUUGGAAUCGCCGACGGGCCUCUACAUGAACUACGUUCUCCAUGAGUAGCUGUGCACUUGCACAUUGAACUGUGUCUUGUGAAAUCGGCAGCAUCAACCCGUCGUGAAUGAACAAUUUGCUACGCAAGAAGCAAGGAACUGUGUCCAUUGUCUUCGCUGAUCUUUAAGCUUGAUGCUCGGGACGUAGAGAUAAUGCGCUAGUCAAAUACAUGCCAAGGGUACACUCCCGGAACCUUUGUUCUUUGUCGUUCCUUUCACGCGCCCAACACUCGCCGUCCUAGAGAAGCGAGAACUAUUACGCUCUUCAUUUUGACAGAAGUAAUCUGGGAAAUUUAUCCAUGCAGUUAUGAUAUUUGUUUCUCGGGAACUAGGUUGGAUGUCAGUAACGUACAUCUCCAUUCACAUCUCCAGCUUCUUAUUAAAGACGGCGCCUUUCACCCUCAUGUUUCGCAUAAGCUUAUAGUAUAUCACGCGUUGGUGUUGUGCUAUUAUAAGCACGAGGUCGCGGGAUCAAAUCCCGGCCACGACGGCCACAUUUCGAUGGGGGUGAAAUGCUAAAACGCCCAUGUACUUAGAUUUAGGUGCACGUUAAAAAACCUCAGGCGGUCAAAAUUAAUCGGGAGUCCUCCACUACGGCGUGCCUCCUAAUCAGAUCGUGGUUAUAGCACGUGAAACUGAAUAAUUUGGUUUAAUUAAGAUCACACAUGAUACGCUCUCACAUUUCAUUUGUACGGGUAAUAUUUUUAAUACUUCUCCGUUAAUGGUAAGCUAGUGCGCGUUUGAGAAUCAUGCAUACACUCUACUUUCUUUUUUUCAUUAGCGGUUGGUUGGCAGCGCUUUACAGUUGUGGCUAAAAUAUAAGGCCUAAAAGUGUAAACUUAAGCGCAGACAUCACCUCCAUGCAACUUCACACGUUAAUGUGACAUUGUCAGCCAAUAGUCGCUGACGUUGUUCAACCGUGACAACAUCGAAAAGGAGAGGAACACGCUUUUUCUUCGAGGUGCACCUCGUCCAACAUUGUGGUAUACACUCAUGCCAUCUUCUUUCUGUUCAAUUGUGCCAACAUACCGUUAACCAUUUCACUCUUUCUAGGUUUUUUUAACUAUCACAAUAAGUCAAAUACAUGUUUGCCACAUAUGAGUGCGACUGACACAAUGUCAAGCACAUCUACUUCAAGAAGAACCGCAACACUCACCGCUCACAGGCGAACAUAUAGAAAACCUAUCCAGAGAUCGCAUCCUUCAUAUGUGCAGGUAUCAUUAAUGCAUGUGCCACAUUUCAGAUCAUUUAAUUUUAAACACUCCGCUAGCUUCUCACGAGCGACAAUAUGGCUUUGACUAGCCUUUGCGGUGGUAAGGGCCUAUGCAUGUAGUGCGUAUCCAUGUGGUCAUAACCUUGACCAGGGCCGAACCCACAAUUUUUUUUCGGUGGGAAGGAGACUGGUGCUUACAAUGGAGGCUUUUCUGAAAUAUUUAUAUUAACUUAUUUUCCUUUGUGAAUAAUGAAGUACGUCCGUGAGGCGGCGUUAAGGCAGGGCCUUGACGUUACCCCGUGGGAGACCUGAGCCCGGGUCGCGUUAAACCUUGCAGGACGUACAAUAAAGUUGUAUCGAUCCAUCCAUCGCUGACAUAUAAUAUAAACAUAUAAUGCAUACAUUGCCAUAUACUUAUAGUAUACUGAUAUAUAUAUAAAAUUUGUGCUGAGCAGUAUAUAGGUGCAGCAAUGUAUUUGCGAACUCAUUAACUCCCCCCCCCCCCCCAUCCUCCUCUCUGAUUACAGUACUGACGCUGACAUCUCAAGCAUAGUGUAUCUUGAUACUAAAUUGCUGAGGUACAGAAUUACAAAGCCCAAGAAUACUAGUAUCAAAGAAAAUAUCUUGUGGUCGGGUUGAAAGUGUAGUAUGACGCUAUACUGACUUUCAUGAAGCAAUCCUAUUGGCGACUAAAGAUUUGUGGCCAAUAGACGGGCAGAACGUUGGCGUACUUCAGCUAUCAGACCAGCUGAUUCCCUGAGUAUCAUUCGGUACUUCAAUGACGCUUCAAAGAUUUCAGUCGCAGGACUUGUAUGGGGGUCGCUAUACCAAUACCCGUAAUUUGUUUUUAAUAGGGGUCAAAUUCUUCGCCACUGUUAGUGAAGCGGUGGUUCCACUAAGCCUUUCAUGAUCCGAUAAGACAACCCUUCACUCUUGUUUUCUUUUUCUUUUUUUGCCAUAAACGCGAUUUCGUUCGAACAUAGCUAAGACCUUGCUCUCAGUUGCGCCUACACCGUGCCCUCUGGUUGCGCUGCGUUUUAUCGCAUAAUCGAAGCUGAGUGUUGAUGGCAAUGCGUAAAAGGUUGUCCCCUCACCCGGUAAAAUCGGCAUUUGUAUCCAAACGCACAUAGACGCUUAAAGUUACAAUGAAGGCCUGCAGGAAUGUAGGCCUCCCAUAAUUCUCGUAUUUUCUUAAAUUUGUUUAAGUUGCAUCGGAUAAAAUCGCGUGCGUUUUUUGGGGGGUAUUUUUUUUAAAAACUUUUGGUGGAUUAUCGUUUUCAUUGAGGCAUUACGUACUGUUAUCGUAUUGUGACUCUCGCACCAACGCUGUUUCUGUAUCGACACAGUCUUGAGCAUCGUCAAUUCGUUAGCGAGACAAGUCGAUUAUAAUUUGAUUGUACGCAUUUCGCAAAUUCUGUAGACUGUUCUCGAGCCGUCUCGAGUACCUCAGUCUUCAAUGGAAAGUACGAUGACAACUAUAAAUAGCGGACUAAUUAGAGCAGCGUAAUUCAAGUCGCCGAUCGCCGACCGUGCUCGCCGCUAUCGUUGCCGUAUGUGUUGCUUUGCAUCCGGGGCACAUGCCCUGUCCAAUAAACACUUUUGUAUUGUUCA